GUUUUAUAGCGAUGCAGUGAACGUUUGACCUUGGUCACUGGUUGUGCCAAGUCAGUCGGGCGUGACAGCUAAUGCUAAUAGUAGCUAAAUCGUAGCUAAUGCUAGCCAACAACUGUAACUGUCAGUGUAAACCUAGGAGCUACGAAAUCCACCCAGCGGUUUAAGGGGAGAUAUCUCCUGUCGUGUAUGUUAAAGAAAACACCGGAUACAGCUGAAACUGUGACCAGAUAGCAGGAAGGCAUCCUGAGACCAUGCUGGCACGUCUGUUCAGGCUCCAUGGUCUGCUGGUGGCUUCCCACCCAUGGGAGGUAAUAGUGGGCACCCUAGCUCUCACCGUCUGCCUCGUGUCCAUGAAUAACCUGUCAGCCAGCAGCCAGGUGUGCAGCUGGAAUGAAUGCCCCAAGGCCGAGGAGAAGAUCCACAGCAGUGACAUAAUCAUCCUAACAGUCACACGCUGCAUGGCCAUCCUUUACAUCUAUUUCCAGUUCAAGAAUCUACGACAACUGGGAUCCAAAUAUAUACUGGGUAUUGCAGGGUUAUUUACAGUAUUUUCCAGCUUUGUUUUCAGUACAGUGGUCAUCCACUUCUUUGGGAAAGAACUGACAGGCCUAAAUGAAGCUCUGCCCUUCUUCCUCCUGCUCAUCGACCUGUCCAAAGCCUGUGCCUUGGCCAAAUUUGCCCUCAGCUCAAACUCUCAGGAGGAGGUGAGGGAGAACAUCUCCCAGGGCAUGGCCAUCCUGGGCCCCACCUUCACACUGGAUGCACUGGUUGAGUGUCUGGUCAUUGGAAUUGGCACCAUGUCAGGUGUGCCUCAGUUAGAAAUCAUGUGCUGUUUUGGCUGUAUGUCAGUACUGGCCAAUUACUUUGUCUUCAUGACUUUCUUCCCUGCGUGUGUCUCCCUGGUCCUGGAGCUGUCCAGGGAAAGCCGGGAGGGCCGGCCCAUCUGGCAACUGAGCCACUUUGCCCGCGUGCUGGCUGAAGAAGAGGACAACAAGCCCAAUCCUGUGACCCAAAGGGUUAAAAUAAUCAUGUCUUUGGGCCUGGUUUUGGUUCAUGCCCACACCCGACUGGCAGCUGAGCAUCCAGGUCAGAAUCGCACACUGGAGGGGUCAGUUGCAAAGAGACGGGAGUUUGGUGGUACCAUGUGGCCUCUGAAGCUCGCUAGUGUGGACCUGGAACAGGUGAUAACCCUGGGUCUGGCCCUGCUCCUGGCUGUGAAGUACGUCUUCUUUGAGCAGACGGAGACUGUGUCUUCCCUCUCUCUCAGGAGUCCCAUGAUUAGCUCCUCUUCAGCACAGAGGCCCAGAGUGGUGGAGGACUGCUGCCAGAGGGAUCUUUCAGGCUCAAAACCCCAGAAAACCAUGAACAGUAGCUCAAUAACCAGCCCCGCCUCCCCAGCUGUCUCAGACUCUAAACCUUCCCCCGAGGCUGAUGUGGUGUUCAAAGCUACAGAGGUGACUCAGCCAUCGGCAUCCUUGGUGGAGAAUGGCCCCUUUGUUUCAUUUUCUGUGGGUUCCCUUGUUCAGACGCCUUGCGUACCUCAGUGUAGCUCUAACUGUGAGCCCCGGACGAUGGAGGAAUGUGUGGCCAUCCUCUCUGAUCCUCAGAGAGGUGCUCGUUUCCUCAGCGAUGCAGAGGUGAUGAACCUUGUCACUUCACGUAACAUCCUAAACUAUAAGCUGGAAGCUGUCCUUGAGACUCCAGAGAGAGGCGUGGGCAUCAGGAGGGAAAUGUUAGCAUCCAAACUACCUGUUCCCUCAGCCUUGGAUUGUCUGCCUUACAAGGACUAUGACUAUUCUAAGGUGAUGGGUACUUGCUGUGAGAAUGUCAUCGGCUACAUGCCGGUGCCAGUAGGAGUGGCCGGUCCACUUCUGUUGGACAACAAACAGUUUUAUGUUCCCAUGGCGACCACAGAGGGUUGUCUGGUAGCCAGCACCAACAGAGGCUGCAGGGCACUUUCUCUGAGCAGGGGCUGCCGCAGCAGGAUCCUAGCAGACAGUAUGACCAGGGGUCCUGUGGUGAGGCUGCCCUCAGCGUGCCGGGCUGCAGAGGUCAAAGUCUGGCUCGAGACCCCGGACGGAUUCGGGCUGAUCAAAGAGGCCUUCGACCAGACCAGCAGGUUUGCCCGCCUGGAGAAGCUGUUAGUGAGCUUAGCAGGGAGGAACCUGUACCUUCGCUUCCAGAGCCAGACAGGAGAUGCCAUGGGAAUGAACAUGCUUUCAAAGGGGACUGAGCAGGCUCUGCACAGGCUGCAGCAGCAGCAUCCAGACAUGGAUGUGCUCUCGGUCAGUGGUAACUAUUGCACUGACAAGAAGUCAGCUGCCAUAAAUUGGAUUCUGGGCCGUGGCAAGUCUGCUGUGUGUGAGGCCACGAUCCCGGCCAAGGUGGUCAGAGAGGUGCUGAAGACCAGUACAGCUGCUCUGGUGGAGCUAAACAUCAACAAGAACCUGGUGGGCUCGGCCAUGGCUGGCAGUAUCGGGGGCUUUAACGCUCAUGCUGCCAACAUUGUGGCGGCCAUCUACAUCGCCUGUGGACAGGAUCCAGCUCAGACGGUGGGAAGUUCCAACUGCAUCACUCAGAUGGAGCCUGCUGGUCCACAGGGGGAGGACCUGUACAUCAGCUGCACUAUGCCCUCCAUAGAGCUGGGCACUGUGGGAGGGGGCACCAACCUGCCGCCACAGCAGGCCUGUCUACAGAUGCUUGGCGUCCAAGGUACCAGUCCCAGCCAGCCAGGCGAGAACGCCCGGCAGCUGGCCCGCAUCGUUUGUGCCACUGUGCUGGCAGGGGAGCUCUCCCUCAUGGCCGCUCUAGCCGCCGGACACCUCGUCAGGAGCCACAUGACCCACAACAGAUCUAAAAUAAACCUGUUAGAGACUGCUCAGUCAGAAUCAGAGACCAAUGCGUGACAAAGCGAGAGCAAACGAGCGCUCCAGACAACGUCCCUGUGAGAAAUGAGUGCAUUGGGUGGUGCAAGCAGUCAGCACAUGGUGAAGACCUCAACCAGUGUGAGCUUGCUUUGUGUGUUGCACGGCUGCUUGCUACACCACUUCCUGGCUUCAGAUAAUAUGUUGGUGCUGUGCAUUUGUCUGCAUCUUAACGUUGCAAUAGUGUUGGAGAAACGCCUUUGCUGUUGGUACUGGUCUUUGCUUUGGACUGGAGAAAUCCAACAUGCUGUAUAAAGUCUUGAACAAGUAUCCUGUGCCUCUGAACAUUGUAGAGCCAAAAGCUUUUCCCAUUAUCCAUGGAAAGACAGCUCAGCUGUAACCUUGGCUUUUCUCUGAGAAACAGAUCUUUGCACUUGCCAAAUGCUUGCUUGAGACAGAUGGCGUUGUUACUGCAUUUGGUGACGUUAGUUUAAAAUGCCACUUUUCUGCCUCUUACUCUGUUGUAGGCUGUCACUUGUACAACCCUUCCUGAAUUAAGGUGCUACUGUAGACUGCCUGUGGCUGCUGGGCAGCACCUGGCCUUAGA